AUGCCUGUUCAACUCCCAUUGAUUCCUAUUAUUCCGAUAGAUUCUGAUAAAGCACGAAAUGUAGAGGUGUCUUUGACUUUACGCAGAAUAUUUUAUCAACCAUCUGGAUAUCAGAGGACUGCCAAAAAAUUGUAUGAGACAUCACAAAAUGCUGGACAUGAUUUCACCUUAGAUGAAGUACAGGAUUGGCUUGAAAGACAGGCAGUACAUCAAGUCCACAAACCUCGUUCCCGAUUUAUCCCUCGAGUAAGUUUCAGUUCUAUACAAGUUCCUAAUGAAGUUCAUCAAGCUGACAUUUUGUAUAUGCUAUAUGACAAGAUUGGAUAUGUGAUUUAUCUUUUCUGUCUCAAUAUAGUUAAUAUAGCAUCAAGGUAUAAAGGAAGUGUCCCCAUAGGUUCAACCAGUGUUAAAGAUCGACAGGGAAUCCUAACUUUUCAUACUAUUGCUCGGACUUUUGAAAAGACCCAACAACUUGGUAUAUCUCCUGCUGAAGCUAUAAAAAAAUCACGAGUAUCUUCCAGAUCUUCUUAUCCUCGUGAUGGACCUGUUGGAUAUGAAGAGGAGAAACUACCACCAGAUAUAAGUGUAAGGUACUUACUUGAACCAAAUGAUCUGGAAGGCAGAAGACGUCGAGCAGGAGAUAUGAAUUGGUCACCUAAGAUUUAUCAUAUCCAUAUGUCUUUAACACAGAAAAAUCAACCAGUUUUAUACUGGUUUAUUGAUAAUGAUGGUAAAGAAUUAAAGAGAUCCUUUUCUUCUACCUCAUCAUCUGCUUGGGAGAUACCUGCUUUAAUUACUGCAAUUAGAGCUGAUUUAAUUUCAUGGUAUGUUGGCUUGGCUGGUAUAGCUUGGGUAGACAUAAUUUUUAUAUCAUGUAAAGUUUUUUUUAAUUUAACUUAUUUAUACUUAAUAAAAAUGAUUGGAGAAUAUACUUGUGAAUAUUUACAUAAUACAGGAAAGCCUUAUGGUCGUUCAUCUAGUGGUCGAUGUCAAUCUCAUAUUGGGAGUUAUUAUCAAAAUCGGUAUGAAAAUAGGCUUCGUCAAAGAAUCAGAGCAAUUUAUGAUUAGGGUUAAAUUUUGGUUAGACUUCAUUGUCCCAGAUUUUUUCGUAUUGCAGGGAAAGCUUUACAAUAUGUCUAGUUGACUACUUGCUAUACAUUUUUUGGUUAGACCUGGGUUGGAUUUUUGGUUAGACUU